GACAGCAUUUAUUACACAGCGAGAGUGCUAAAUUCAGCAGAGUUUUAGUCCUGGCCGCAUUCACGUCGCCUGCUGCAUCGACAUCGGCUUUUCGAAUACCGGGCGAUCGCCCACAGAAUGCAGACUAUUCCACUAGCCCGACACCUCACGCAGCCAGCUGCAAGACAAUUAUACAGGACCAACACGUUCCUUUCAGCGCUAUUCGAAAGCUCUGGCCGGGCAGGAGUUCAAAAUAGACAGCUUCAAUUGAUAGCGCAAGCUUUGCGGACUCUCCACAGCAGCUCCAGGAGCUCGCCGAGUUGCAGCCGCGUGACGCAGCUGUCUGUCGCGCCAGCGCGGGAAUUGCUUCUGUUGCGCAAAGCUGCCGCUCGGCACGUCGCUUCUGCUACCGCGACAGCACCUUCUAGCAGCGCGUCUGCUGCCGGAUCGUUUGACGAACAGCAGGUUGAGGGAACCACCUCCACAUCCGGGACCAGCAACAUUCCGCACAUGGACACCUCUCGCAAGGGCUUCCAGCUGGUGAUUGCGGCGACGCCCAGCCUUGGCAUUGGCAAGAAUGGCAAGCUGCCCGACUGGCAGCUGCCGGGCGACAUGGCUUACUUCAAGGAGCUGACCAGCCGCACGCGCGAUGGCGCCCACACCAACGCGGUCAUCAUGGGCCGGAAGACCUGGGAGUCAAUCCCCGCGAAGUUCCGCCCGCUGAAGGGCCGCCUCAACAUCGUGCUCUCGCGCUCCUUCGCCGACGACGCCGACCUGUCCGCGGACCAGAACAGCAGCGCAGCUGCAAAAUCCGCUGCCGCGCCCGAUGCCUCCUCCUCCAAGCCUGCGGCCGACGCCUACGCGAACGCGCAGAAACACGGCUCGGGCCUGGGCUCGGGCGUGCUGGGCGUGGGCAGCCUGGAGUCGGCUCUGUCGCUGCUGGAGCACAAGGAGCUGAAGGGCGGCGUGGAGGGCGUGUUCAUCAUCGGCGGGGGGCAGGUGUACGCGGAGGCGCUGGCCCACCCCAACUGCACCGCAGUGCACCUCACGCAGGUUGAGAAGGAGUAUGAGUGCGACACCUUCCUGCCGGCCCUGGACCCAGCCGUGUGGGGCGUGUGGUCGUCCAGCGAACCAGUCACCGAGAACAACACACGGUACUCGUUCGUGUGCUACACCCGCCGCGGCACGGAGCAGGCGCCGGAGCUGCCCCCCUGCAUGGCCUCGCGCCACGACGAGCAGCAGUACCUGGAGCUGGUGCGUGAGCUCAUCACCAGCGGCGUGUUCCGGCCCGACCGCACCGGCACCGGCACCUACAGCCGCUUCGGCCGCACCAGCCGCUACAACCUGCGCCACACGUUCCCGCUGCUCACCUCCAAGCGCGUGUUCUGGAAGGGUGUUGCGGAGGAGCUGCUGUGGUUCAUCAGCGGCGCCACCAACGCCAACCUGCUGCGCGACAAGAACAUCCACAUCUGGGACGGCAACAGCAGCCGCGAGUUCCUGGACGGCCGAGGCCUGGGACACAGGGAGGUGGGCGACCUGGGCCCUGUGUACGGCUUCCAGUGGCGCCACUUCGGAGCGGAGUACAAGGACAUGCACACCGACUACACAGGCAAGGGCGUGGACCAGCUGCGCUACAUCAUCGAUACGCUGAAGAAGGACCCCAACGACCGCCGCAUGGUGAUGAGCGCCUGGAACCCGGCGGCGCUGGCGGAGAUGGCGCUGCCGCCCUGCCACAUGUUCUGCCAGUUCUACGUGGCCGACGGCGAGCUGAGCUGUCUGAUGUACCAGCGCAGUUGCGACGUGGGCCUGGGCGUGCCCUUCAACAUCGCCUCGUACGCGCUGCUCACACGCCUGGUGGCGCAGGUGACGGGCCUGCGGGCGGGCGAGCUGGUGCACGUGAUGGGCGACACGCACGUGUACGCCAACCACGUGGAGCCGCUGAGGGAGCAGCUCAAGAACACGCCGCGCCACUUCCCAACCCUGCGCAUCAACCCGGACAAGAAGGACAUUGACUCGUUCGUGUUUGAGGACUUUGAGCUGGUGGACUACAACCCGCACAAGACCAUCAAGAUGCAGAUGGCGGUGUAAGGAUGUGGGCGCGCGAGGGGCGCGUGGAUUGGUGUGGUGCAGCACCGCACUGUUUGCUGUGUGCUUGUGGCGCAAUGCAAACAUCGCGCAACGCAGGAGGUGGCAGCCGCUUAGCAGGGUGCGGCGCAGAGUCUGGCAUGGGGGGCGGAGCAGGGCAACAGGCAUGAUAGUAGGGGUGUUUAAUGGAGUAUGUGGUGUGUCGGGAGUGUAUGGAGUUGGCUGUGCCGGACGACGGGCAGGGCAGGGCUGCUUCCAGGGGCGGCCCAAGUGUGCGCAGCCAUGUCCAUUCAUGCGCAUGCAUGCCAAGCCCUUGUCUGCCGGGUCUCAUGGGAAUGACAUGUAUCUGUACAUGCGGUGCUGGUGCUCAUUAGUGUACGGUACACGCAUUGGCUCCAACAGUGCAAACUGCAUAACAUCAUAGUGCCGCAAUGGCGUCAUGGGCGCUGACUGCUUGGAGGUUAUGUGACUGGCGCAUACAUGUUACAUGGUUGCGAUGUUGACUGCGGCAGCAUUGAGAUUUGAGACCACUGUGUGCCGAUGAAGGAUGAAGGACUACAAGUCUACAACCGCUGUGGCCCCAAGUGUGUGGCCAUAGCCACGGCCAGUAUCAGCGGCACUGGUAACGGGGCAGGAUAAUUGUUUGUGCGCGGGCGUCGUGUUCUCAAUUUUGAUUGGUGCCUGGGUUUGGUGUCACUUGUUUCUUGGGGCUCAGCUUAUCAGCCACGUGACUACACCAACCUGCCCCUUGAUUGCUGCUAGCCUGGCGCGCCACCUGGCGACCCAGUGGCACCUGUGGCUGGUUCACUCCUGCAAGCACUGU